AUGGGCGACGACUUCUGGGGCCUCAGUGAUCUGCACCAAGUCAACCGGCUGCUUACAUCCAUCGUGCACCACUCCGCAUAUGGCAUCUACGAGCACGUGGACCAAGUCAUCCACAGCCUCCUACUACUCGCAAUCCACACCUGCGACAGGCUGCGGAAAACCCAAACCCACCCAUCCCCAGACAGGGUCGUCUGGCUCUCGCCCACCCAGUCCUCGAUCAACGACCACCUCGAGCUCUACCGCAACUUCCUCAGCCACAUCACCACUGGCAGCUUCCCCAACUCACCCUCAUCGCAAGAAGAAGACCCCAACCUGCAAUCCGCGAGGCAACUCCUCCAAAAACUCCAUCCACGAAUCAACAGCCUCCCCCAUUGGCCGCGACCACCCGCCGCCGAAGUGCGCGCCAAGACGGAUGCCGUCCGCAGGAGACGACACUCCACCCUCCGCCCGUCAACUCAGCGCCAGCGGUCCGGGGUUACUAAACCUACCUCACCACCACAACCACCACCACCACCACCAGCACGUAAAGGGAAGUUCGAAGCCUCUGCUGUGUCGUGGUCCCAAAUCAAUGGAUUCACCCCUGGGGGUACUGGCGUAAUUUCACCCCUCGCCAAGGAGCCAAAAAGCUUGGGCCAAAUCGAAGACGAUCUGGUUGAUGUUGAGAAUGAAACUUGA